GCCUAUAAUAUUUGGCAUUCCUUAGGAAGUGGUGUAGACAAAUGUCCGUGCAGCAGGAGCAAUUUACACGCUUCCAGGCAGCCGUGUCUCAGCUGUCGGGGCCACCAUCGACAACGGCAGUAUUGUACCCUGGCCCUGAGCGCUAUGCAAUGAUAACAUUUCUGCUUCAGAAGAUGCUAUCCCCCGAGAUGGUUCACCAGUUACAGCAACGGGUCUUAGAAACAGACCUACCAGCGGGCCUUGCGGCCGAGGAGGCACAGGCACACCGCCUCUCCCGAGCACUGCACGCGGUGGACGUCCAGGCGACCGCAGACCAAGUGCGGGGCUGCACCUCCCAAGAGGACUCCCUGCGCCUCCUGAACCUCCUUGCCAGCCUAGCGGUGUCACAAAAGCAGAACCUCCGUGAGGCUGCCGCCGCUGCCGCAGCUGCGGCCACCACCACUAACUGCCCGGCCCCGAACAGCCGCCCGCUCAGCCCCGCCCUCACGCCUCGACAACGCACGCCAACCCGCUCGGGGGGCGGCGCACACGCACAUGACAGCAGCAGCGGCGGCCGCGUGCUUCUGAACUUGCAAUCUGUCGAUGGGGAGCUGCGGUUGCUGGAUAGCCUUGCGGAGCGCCUGCCGCAGCUGCUGGACACGGGCGGUGGCAGCAGCUGGUUCCCAACGGACAUCAUGGCAGCUGCGCAGUCCUACAUGACCAACCAGCCUCUUCAAGAGGUGACUGCGGCGGUGGAGCAGCGGGCGCAGCGGCUGAGGCAGGAGCUCCCAGUGUUACGAGCCGAGGAGGCGCGACUGGCAGCAGAGGUAACCAUGGUGAGCGAGGCGGACUGGGAGCGGCAAGCGGAGGCCACCCGUGCAGAGUUGGCGGAGCUGCUUGAAACCUCGACCGCCUUCUACCAUACUUUCCAGACCGGGCUGGGUGUUUGGUGCGCGGCAAGCAAGGCGGCGGACACGUGCGGGCUGGGCCCUCUUGCUUCGGAGCUGCUGCAGCGGUACGAGGCCAUUAAGCGGCUGGGAGCCGAGCUGGCGCGCAUCCGGCAGGCGCACACCAACAUCGUCAGCUGUGCCCCGCCCAUUACGCUCCUGGAACAGCAUACGCUGUCGCAGCUGGUGCGGGCGGCCCAGGCAGCGAUGGAGCAUCUCCGCGCCCGCAUCGCCCUGGAGCAGCGGGUGAUGACGGAGGCGGAGGUGGACAUGGUCCGGGCCGUGGCGGUUGCGCGGAUGGCCGGUAUGGCGCAACCUCUUGUUGCGCAGCCCACGCAUGGGUAGCUGAAGGCAUGGAGUAUAAGAGCUUACAGGACGAUUGCAUGGGUGCAAAAACAAGGGCGCAGGUUUAUGCUGGAUGAGGGCGUGUCAGGGUACAUGUGCAGUGGUUUGGUCAUUUGAGGCAUCUGCGGAGUGGUCAUAAUCGGCUUCAUGGACUUAUUAAUGAUCCGCUCGCUUUCACAUUGCACCAGCAACCCGAAACGCAGAACCUAUGGUGGCUCCGCCUCCCAAAGGGUGAAAAGAAAAGAACAUCCAUGUUUUCCUUGCCUGAGCAGACAUGUAAGGAACGGGA